AUGCGAAUGAUUAUUGUUCCUUGUUGUCUUGCCCUAUUUGUGGCAUUAGUCACAUGCGAGGGUACUGCUGCAGAGGACAAAAAAGCAGAGGAAACAGAAGUAGAAGCUAAGGAGUCGCAGAAUGUGGAGAAACGUGGUCUGCAUGGAUCCCUUGGCGACUGGCACGAUUUUGGUGAUCAUCAUCAUGAGCACAUCAAGACGGUAACUAUCGAGAAGAAGAUUCCGGUUCCAUACACUGUCGAGAAGCACGUUCCUUAUACCGUUGAAAAGAAGGUUCCUUAUGAAGUGAAGGUACCAAUUCCUCAACCCUACGUCGUGGAGAAGAAAGUCCCAGUUACUGUGAAGGAAUACGUUAAAUACCCAGUACAUGUGCCCGCUCCAUACACCGUUGAGAAGAAGGUGCCUUAUGAAGUUAAGGUUCCAGUCGACAAACCAUACGAAGUGAAGGUCCAUGUCCCACAACCUUACACCGUAGAAAAGAAGGUUCCGUAUGAAGUCAAGGUUCCAGUUCCAGUGCCGUACACCGUCGAAAAGAAGGUUCCAUAUGAAGUCAAGUAUGAGGUUCCAGUGCCCAAGCCAUACACUGUCAUCAAGAAGGUGCCCUAUGAGGUAAAGGUCCCAGUUGACAAACCAUACAAGGUCGAAGUUGAGAAGCCUUACCCAGUUGAGGUACCGAAACCAUACCCAGUCGUGGUCGAGAAGAAGGUCCCAUAUGAAGUGAAGGUUCCAGUUGACAAACCAUACAAGGUUGAAGUGCCCAAGCCAUACAAGGUCGAAAUCAAGGUCCCAGUCCCAGCUCCAUAUACUGUCGAGAAGAAGGUACCAUACACCGUCGAGAAGCCUGUCCCAUAUGAGGUCAAGGUCCCGAUCGAUAGACCGUAUCCAGUUUACAAAGAAGUAAAGGUUCCAGUCCACAAGGAAGUACCAUACCCCGUGAAGGUCCCAGUCCAUGUACCAGUCCAUGUACACAAAGAAGAAGAACAUCAUGAUCAUUCCUAUGAGCACCACGAUUUCCACUAA